AUGUUAGGACUUUUAGCUGUGUCUCUGUUGGGCGUGGCCGCAUUCGACCUAUCAGAGUCUAGCGUUAAGCAACCAAUCAGCGAGCCGGAAGUGGUUGUACAACUCAAGUACGACGGGGGUGAAUUGGACCGGAUAUACUUGACGCAGUUUCGUAAGGAUCAGAGAAUCCCGGCAGUUCCCGCGAGACCGACCGUGUGUGCGGAUCUGUGCCAUUCAGGACUCGGCGGCGAGGCAUGCGGAUCUACCUGCAGCGAGCUGAUGCCGGUGGGACUAAAGUAUGCUUUAAAGAGUGGAAACGUUAGCAGUGAACAGUUUGGGGAGCCCAGAGUCGCCGUUUGCCCUGUCCUAUGUGAGAAUCAGCUCGGGGAGCCACUUUGCGCGUGCUCGGACCUAAUGAAGCACCUAACCAACUGGACCAUGGUCUGCCAUGCAUUCUGUGAAACCGACGCCUACACCCUUAAUGGAUGUCCGGCAUGUGAAAACACUUCAGCACUGCCACAGCCACUUCAAGUAAACACCGCUCUACAUGUGCGCUUGGACACUAGUGAAGGUUGGCAGGCCUGGUGCAACGUGCAAUGCCGUCAGGGACAGGGUGGAGCUGCUUGUAACUGCGACAGGACCCCGUUUUAAUCCAGUACGACGCAAAAUGACAGCGGAAGUUAUCAAUCAAUCAUUUGCCGAAAAGAUCUGACUUCUUCUGCACUUUAACAUAAUGAUAGGAUAAAUUAAAGAAACAAAUUACUAAAACAAUCUUUAACGAUGAACUAUUUUAUGUUUUUAACGAAAAUCAAUCUUAAUAUUUUAUUUAUAAUUUUAUUGCAACAUGUUGAUUUGAUAACUUCAGAUAAAAUGAAAUAUUUUUAACGGUAGUGUCAGCGAGGCCACGCUAUAACGAACAAUUUCGUUAUAAUUAAUUGUAAUUUUGCUAAUUAUAUAAAUUAUAAAUUUUAAUACAUGAUCAGAUUUCGUUGACAUGGCAAGUUAGUCGUAAGCUAAUGAUUUUUCACUCCUUUGAGAAUCAGAAAUUUAAUAUAAUAAUGUAUGUUUAGCACUUUAUAUCUAAUUUGACAUAUCAAUAAGAAUAUAUAUUCAAAAUAGUUUUAAGCUGUACAUAAGGGAUACUGUGCAAAAGACAAUACACAAUUAGCAUUAGAAUUAAAUACAAAAAGAAUUUGUAUUUUAGUUUUAGUUAAUUAUGUUUAUUAAAUUUUCUUUGUCACUUUUCUUUUCUUUUUUGUUGAAACCUACCAGUCAAUUAUUAAAUGAGGACACAAUGUGACGUCGGGUUGACUAUAGACAAGAGACCAUCUCGGGUGCAGUUCUUUCAUCUCUAUCUAAUGGUAGUUAAAGAAAAUAUAUACAUACUUUUUAUUUUAAUAUAUUGAAAAUUGUUUUAAAAAUU